CGUUCGGUUUACAUUGAGAGUCAUUGCUCCACUUCUGUGCGGUAGGAAAAUGAAAUUUCAGCAAUUCCUUUUUGCAUUUUGUAUUUUUAUUAUGAGUCUUCUCCUUAUCAGCGGACACAGACCAGUUAAUUUGACCAUGAGAAGAAAAUUGCGCAAACACAAUUGCCUUCAGAGGAGAUGUAUACCUCUCCAUUCACGAGUACCCUUCCCCUGAGAUCUCUCUAGCUAACUUUACUGAAUCUAUCAGAAGAAGAAGAGGAGUGAAGGAAAGAGACCCAGCCACCCAAAAGAACUUCAUGAUGCCAACAGUGUGAUUGCUUAGAAGUUCCUACACACAAAAAAAGGAUCAUUUGAAAGCACCUAGGAUGGUUUAUUAGCUUCAGAGGAUUUUAUUCUUCUUGGCUUCUCUUUAGAGGGAAAGUAACAUAAAUUCAAAAGGAUUCCAAUCUGAAGCCCAAAUUGUUUGCCUACAUAACAAAAAUAUCUCAUCUUUUCCUGCACAUUAUUAUUCUCUUACUGGUUAAAAAGAAAAAUAGCUUUUAGUGUCUUACAACUCUCUCAUGGUAAAAGGUGCAAUAAUUUAAAAUGUUGCUUUCAUAUUCCUAUAAUUCUCCAAAAGUAUAUGUUUGAGUGAUUUUCUAAAAACUGCUCAACCUGAAAUCAACUGCUUCGCACAAAAGGGAGAAAAUAAUUGGUUCUUUGAUUAUAGAUAAAGACUAAGAAAAGCUAUUAAUUGCUGCCAAUUUUAUGAUAGGCUUUAAGGUUUAUGAAAGUAUGAUUUUUUGAUUUCAUGAGUAAUGUUGUCCAUUUGAAGUUAAAACAUAAAAUCCUAAUUGUAGUUCAUUUUAUGUUCAAAUUAAACCAUUGUUUUUGUUUUUGUUUUUGUUUUGAGACAGAGUCUUGCUCUGUUGCCCAGGCUGGAGUGAAAUGGCAUGCUUUUGACUCACUGCAACCUCCACCUACCAAGUUCAAGUGAUUCUCGUCCCUUAACCUCCUAAUUAUAGGCUGGGAUUAUGUGUGUGCCACCACACCCAGCUAAUUCUUG